CCUCCCCGGCCAGCUGUUUCGCAGAAACCCCGGAGCAAGGAAACGUGCGUGAAGCCGCCCCGGAGCCCUGAGCCGAGUGCUUGUGAAACCGAACACAACCAGAGAAUGGAUAUGGGAAACCAACACCCUUCUAUAAGUAGACUCCAGGAAAUCCAGAAGGAAGUAAAGAGUAUAGAACCACAAGUGAUUGGCUUCAGUGGUCUGCCAGAUGACAAGAAUUACAAGAAACUGGAGAGAAUUCUCAUGAAACAGCUUUUUGAAAUAGACUCUGUCGAUACUGAAGGGAAAGGAGAUAUUCAGCAGGCGAGGAAGAGGGCAGCACAAGAGACAGAGCGCCUUCUCAAAGAGUUGGAGCAGAAUGCAAACCAUCCCCACCGGAUAGAGAUAGAGAACAUCUUCAGAGAAGCCCAGUCCCUGGUGAGGGAGAAGAUCGUGCCGUUUUAUAGCGGUGGCAACUGUGUCACCGAGGAGUUUGACGAAGGCAUUCAGGAUAUCAUCCUGAGGCUGACCCAUGUUAAAACCGGAGGGAAGGUCUCCCUGCGGAAAGCAAGGUACCACACCCUCACCAAGAUCUGUGCGGUGCAAGAGAUUAUCGAGGACUGUGUGAAAAAGCAGCCGUCCCUGCCCCUGUCUGAGGACACGCAUCCUUCUGUGGCCAAAAUUAACUCUGUGAUGUGCGAGGUGAACAAGGCCAGGGGCACUGUGAUUGCACUGCUGGUGGGAGUAGCCAACAACGAGACGUGCAGGCACCUGUCCUGUGUGCUCUCGGGCAUGAUUGCAGACCUGGAUGCUCUGGAUGUGUGCGGGCGAACGGAGAUCCGAAAUUAUCGGAGGGAGGUGGUGGAAGAUAUUAACAAAUUGCUGAAAUAUUUGGAUUUAGAAGAGGAAGCAGAUACUACCUAUGCAUUUGACCUGGGACAGAAUCAUUCCAUUUUAAAAAUAGAAAAGGUCCUCAAGAGAAUGCGAGAAAUUAAAAACGAGCUCCUGCAAGCACAGAACCCUCCCGAGCUGUACCUGAGCUCCAAGACCGAGCUGCAGGGGCUGAUCGGACAGCUGGAUGAGGUGAGUCUCGAAAAGAACCCCUGCAUCCGGGAGGCCCGGCGGAGGGCGGUGAUCGCCGUGCAGACCCUCAUCACCCACAUCGACCUGAAGGAAGCCCUGGAGAAAAGGAAGUCAUUUGUGUGUGAGGAGCACCCGUCCCACCGAGCCGUCUGGACCAUCCUGGGACACUUGUCGGAGAUCCUGGGAGAAGUUCUGUCGUUCGAUGGGAACAGGACUGAUAAGAACUACAUCCGGCUGGAAGAGAUGCUCACCAAGCAGCUGCUGGCCCUGGACGCGGUGGACCCGCAGGGGGAGGAGAAGUGCAAGGCGGCCAGGAAGCAGGCCGUGAAGCUGGCCCAGAACAUCCUCAGCUAUCUCGACCUCAAGUCGGACGAGUGGGAGUACUGAGGCCUGGGCCCCGCGGUCCACGCUCCUGUUCUGCACUUUACAUAGCCGUGUAUGUAUUUAUGGAGAGCUUUCGGUUCCUUGAGCCUGAAUGUGAUUUAUACGUGCAUAUUUCAGUCUCAGUAUUUAUGAUUUGAGGAAAUUAUAUUCAGUACUUGCUGCUUUUGAUAUUGCACAACAAGUAUCAUUACAGCUCACUGACUCUUCCGUUCGGGUCGUUAUCUGUAUGUUGUGGUGUGUUUGUUUUGUUUUUUUAAUCAGAAAAUGGAAAAGGGGCAGCUUUUGUCAUUUCUAACUGGGUUGUGCAAAACCAUGAAAAUGCAGAUAUUUCAGAAUCUAGAAAGCAACAGCCUUGCAUAAUACUAGAGCAGUUGUGAGAAAGGGGAAAUUUUGGGUUAAAUGGAAGGUCCAAGCACAAAAGCAGUACAGUAUGUUUUAUGCUAAAUAAAGGAAGCCUGGUUGGUCCCACCCAACUUAAUUGGGUGUUUUGGGGGUUUUUUCUUUUCUUUUUUUGGAUGGUCUGUUCUUUCAUAAACUUUAGUUUGAAAAACAGUGUGCCCCCCCCCCCCAUUCUCUGCAUGGAGAAUGGGGAAUCUUACCUUCGUGUGACAUAAGAAAAUUAUGAAAAUUAAUAGCAAAGAAGCCUUUGAGACUGAGCUGGAAAGGGGUAAACAUUUCCAAGGUGCUUUGUUUGUAAAACCUGAGCUUACGGUUUUCCUUAGUAAUUUGUAAGGAUGGGAACAUGUCAAUGAAGUUAAUGGACCUCUAAAAAUAUAGGAAACACCCAUACCUAUAGUAGGAUGCUGAGGACUGGAGAUCAGUUGCCAGUGUCAGGUGUUGCUAACCCUGAGUGGAGGGGUCUGCAUGCAGCGUGGGGUGGGCUGCUCCUGUCCCUCAUGCUGCACGUGGACGGCUUGUGGGACGUGCCCAGUGCCAUCUCACGGUGAUGGGCAGAAACUGCGGCCUGCAGCACCAGAUCCCUAUCGCUUGUCCGAGUAGGUUAGCCCCCGGCCGCUAGCAUCUUCCACGUCAUGCUCUGGGACCAGGCAGUGAGAGGUGCCCCAGCACCUGCUGUGCCCCUCAGCUCCCAUCACUAGGGUGUUUCCAUUGCCCGAAAGAGCCAGUCUAGUCUGUCAGGACAUGAGUUUUGUUGUUUCUGCUAAAGGGUGUAUGUGUUUCUGUAAGUACUCUCAGAACUCCAGGUUGCCUGUCAAUGAGCAAAACAAAAAAGUGUCUCCUGAAGUCCUCUGAUGCCAUGUUGGUCCCAGUGUCGUAACUAACAGGCUGCCCUUUCUGUGUCGCCUUUCACAGAAUAGCCAGAGUGUAUCUUUUGAACUCUAUAGUAAUCUGUUAUCUUUUAUCUGUUAUCUUUCAGAGAUAUUAAUGUGGUAAUUUUAUGUAAAGAGCUAAAAAUAAGAGGGGAAGGAAUAGCCCUAAAAAAUCUAAAAGAUGAUAAAGCGGAGCCCUAGACACAUUCUGACUUUGUCUCAGUAUUGCCCAAUAAUUAAAAGCCCUUGAUAGGUUUUUCCUACUAGCAGUAUAGGUUCAUUCAAUUGGAGGGAUCAAGGGACAGUCGGGGUUACAGGGGAGUGAGCUCCUCCCAUCUGCCCACCCGGCUCCUGGCAGCUGAGGGCUGUCACAGGACAGGCUAUCGGUAGCUCCUGUUGGCCAAAGUCAUUUGGGGGGUGCUAUUCUGGGUCAUGAUUGUAGGGUCUUCCCAAGCACUCACUGUCUCAGAGCACGUGGGCGUCAGGCUUCCCUCUGAUUCACUGACGGCCUGCACAGCUUCCUUUCUAAUUUCGGGUCUGGGAGGUAAAUGUCCGUGUUUGCGUCUCUUGUUCUGAACACAGCUCUGCCCUGUGGUUCACUUCCCUGCUCUCGUAGGUGUUAGAGCUGGCUCCUGCCAGGCUCUGAGCUGUGGAGUUAGGGUGCUAAACUCGGCCACGCACACUUGGAAUUGCUCACCUGGGUCAUUUUGGUCAUUGAAAAAAACAGACCUUGAGUGAUUGUUAAGGUGCACAGUUUCCUUGUUCAAUCUGUAAUAGUUCCUGGUGCCUGUUUGUCCUCCCUCCGCAAUGAGCCCAGCGACGCUGGAUUUAGCUUUUCCCAUCCCUCCAGGGGAGCCGUCUGUGCUAAUGGGCUGCUGCGUGUGAUCUUUCCAUUGGGCUCAUCCGGUUGUGUUGUACUUUUAUGAUCUGACAUGAAGAGAAUCUGUACUGGAAGUAAAACCUACCCGCUACAAAUGUCUGGCUUUGGGUCUGCAUUAAACGGUGUAAUCCAUGUUCAUGCAAAACA